CCCCUUCUUACUUGCUGAGACAAAAUAUUUCUGGAAGUGCCUUCUCUGGAAGCUGCUCUUUCCAGAAAUGACAUUUCAAUGCCAGUUUAUCAGCAUAACCAGUGUACCUGCUGUGGCAGAGUAGGAAGUGUUUCAGGAACUGAUGUAGGUCUUAAGGAGGAACUUUGCAUCACUACAGGUGCAAUGUAAUCUUAUGGGUUAGUGCCUUGGAAACCAGCAAUAGAACUACUGUGUUCAAAAUGGUUGAUGGUGAAUUUUUCCAUAGACCUGGGAAAGAUGAGGAACUUAUCCACUUGAAUGUGGGUGGCUUUAAGCAAUCAGUUGAUCAAAGUACUUUGCUCCGAUUUCCCCAGACCAGACUUGGAAAACUGCUCAACUGCCGUUCUGAAGAGGCUAUCCUGGAACUGUGUGAUGAUUACAGUGAUGCAGACAAGGAAUAUUACUUUGAUAGGAACCCUUCUUUGUUUAGAUAUGUUUUGAAUUUUUACUAUACAGGAAAACUGCAUGUCAUGGAGGAACUUUGUAUCUUCUCCUUCUGUCAGGAAAUAGAGUACUGGGGGAUCAACGAGCUCUUCAUUGGUUCUUGCUGUAGCAAUAGGUAUCAAGAAAGAAAAGAAGAAGGUCAAGAUAAGGACUAGGAUAAGAAAAGCAAUGACAGAAGUAUAGACUCUUCCAAUGACGAAUCAUCCAUAUUUGAUAAAGAGCUGGAGAAAUUUGAUAAACUGUGGCUUGGUGAAAUACGAAAGAAAGUAUGGAUCAGAAUGGAAAACCCUGGGUACUGCUUAUCAGCCAAGUUAAUUGCAAUUUCCUCCCUGAGCGUAGUGCUAGCAUCAAUUGUAGCCAUGUGCAUCCACAGCAUGCCAGAGUUCCAAAGGCGGGAUGCCAAUGACAGAGAGAUUGAGGACCCUGUUUUGGAAGCUGUGGAGAUAGCAUGCAUCGUCUGGUUCACCGUUGAGUUAGUGAUAAGGCUCGCCGCAGCUCCAAGUCUAAAGAAGUUCUGGAAAAACCCUCUGAAUGUCAUAGAUCUUGUCUCUAUUAUUCCAUUUUAUGCUACCUUGGCUGUGGACACAAAGAAAGAAGAAAGCGAAGACAUUGAGAAUAUGGGGAAAGUGGUUCAGAUCCUAAGGCUAAUGAGGAUAUUUCGCAUCCUGAAACUGGCAAGGCACUCUGUAGGACUGCGGUCUUUAGGUGCCACUUUGAGACAUAGUUACCAUGAAGUUGGACUUUUGCUUCUGUUUCUGUCUGUCGGGAUUUCUAUAUUCUCUGUUUUGGUCUACUCAGUGGAAAAAGACGACAAUGAGUCAGAACUGCACAGCAUCCCGGUCUGCUGGUGGUGGGCAACUAUCAGCAUGACCACUGUCGGCUAUGGAGACACUUUCCCAGUCACCUUACUGGGAAAGUUCAUUGGUAGUAUUUGUAUUCUCUGUGGAAUAUUAGUGGUGGCCCUUCCAAUCACUAUAAUUUUCAACAAGUUUUCUAAAUACUAUCAAAAGCAAAAGGAUAUUGAUAUAGACCAAUCCAACAAUGAUCACAAAGAGAAAUAUAAUGAGCUACCUUAUUUUAACGUUAGGGAUAUUUAUGCAAAAAGGAUGCACUCCUUCAUUUCUAGCCUUUCUUCAGUAGGGAUUAUAGCCAGCGAUCAAGAUUCAACAGACGCCUCCAGCAUCCAAGAUGUUGAGGAUGUUUAUAACAUGACAUCUGUAGAGAAUGGUACUGGAAAAUGAGUUGAAUCACUCUCUCCUUUAUUUCUGUUUUCAGAUAUUUGAUUAAUGCAGAUUUAUAAACUCCAGUGAAUUUAAGAGCACUUAAUUCUCAGGGUACUUAACUCUCAGCCAUAUUUGGACAUUCUUUGCUCUUAUGUUGUCACACAAGCUUUAUUGUUUAGAUGAGGCUUAAAAAUAUACCUCACAUGGCAAUUUAGUUUUCACAUGACUAGUGCUAUGCA